GGCAAACCCGCCAUUGGUGGACCUUGGUCCCUAGUGGAUUUGGAAGGCAAUCUUGUUACGAAUCGUUCGUUUGAAGGAAAAUGGCUUCUCCUUUAUUUCGGUUUCGCCCGGUGUCCGGAUAUUUGCCCUUCCGAGAUGAUGAAAGUGGGACAAGUAAUGGAUACGCUCAAAAAGGAUUUUCCCAAACUCUACGAAAAGGUCGUACCGGUUUUCGUUUCGGUGGAUCCGGCGCGAGAUUCGCUCAAGGCGCUCAAAGCCUACGGCACUGAUUUUCAUCCCGACUACGUCUUCUUAACGGGAGCACCAGAUCAAGUCCAGCAAAUGGCAAAGAAAUACCGUGUCUACGUCAGUAAGGCUGAUGAGUCGCCCGACGGCGACUAUCUCGUGGAUCACAGUAUUGUCAUUUAUUUCCAUGAUGACACCGGUGACCUAUCCGAUUGUUUCACACAGUCGAUGCGACCGUCCGAUGUCGUGGAGAAGGUCGUGGAGCGAAUGACUUUCACACCCUCGUACUAA